UACUUUUUCAGACUUACUCAUAACUUUAAACAAGUUACACCAACUCGCUGUAUGAAGUUCAUUAUAGAAAGCUUCAUUUAAUAUUCUUCGCAUCUUCAUAAAGGAUUUGGAGUCAGGACGUGUUUCCAGACAAACUUUGGAGUACUGACAAUAACGCAAUUAGAUUAGAUUGUCUGUUGACCAUUUAAUGGAUUGUCUCUAUUUGUUAAACAAACAACCAUAUUGAUGUUAUUUUAGAUUCUGGAAGAAUUUGAAAUAUAUUCGCCCGCAGUAAAUGUCAGAUUUUUUUCUACAGGAAAGGUAAAUCAAAAACAGAAUAAAGUAGAAAGUGAUAUAUUUGAUGAUUUUUCUGCUCUAGGAGGAGAAGAAGCGAUUUAUGUGCUUAUUAAUAUUGUAAACGCCAACAUAAAAGUGAAAAGUAGACAAAGAAGAAAAUUAAGUCUGGAGUUUCGAUUGCCUAUCAAGUAUUGGUAGUAAUUUUGUCAAAAUAAUCAGAGCGUUUGUAUUGCUGUCAAGUUUGAAAAAGCUCAAGAAAAAUGCUAUAAACAGUAACAGUAGAGGCUUUAACAGUGUUGAAAAAAAUGGUCUGUUUAUUCUAUAAGAUUGUAAAUAUAUAUAACAACCGUUUUCAAUAGUUAUAAAUGUGUUUCUAAUUAUUUACAUAAGAAAAGAUCUAAUUAGCACAGAUGAUAUGUGAAGGUAUUACUUUUUGUGACAUAAGAAUGCGUCCAUUCAGAGCAGUGCUGAAGUAAGGUCACGUCUCAUGAUAUACAAAUAGUAUUUUACUGGUGUUGUGAAUUUUUCAUUUCUUCUGGAAUUUAUGUGAAAUGAAAAUUACAUUGUGCCUGAAGAUUAAUAUUAAAAAGAUCUCUCAGCAAUCCUGGAAAGCAUGAAGUUUAGAUUUAAUGACGUUGGACUUUGGAUAAUUUGGAGGUCGUUCCAUGAUGCCUUAUUGAUUCAUCUUUUAUUUUGCUGUGUGUGGAGUGUCACAUCAAUGGCGACAUUAAAACCGGUAUUCAAUAAAACUCCCGUGAAUGUAACAUUUUACCGAGGCGAAACAGCGACUCUGCCAUGUUCUGUUAGUAAUCUGGGUUCAAGCAGUGUGGUAUGGAAGAGAAUUGACGAGCCACACGUGUUAACAGUAGGAGAAUUUGCUUUUGUGAGUGACCCAAAAUUUAGUGUUAAACACAUUCCAUUCCGAGAUGAAUGGAAUCUAAUAAUAGAUCACGUGGAACCACAACAUUCCGGUCGUUAUGAAUGCCAAAUAAGCACAAAAGACGACAUUGUCAGAUAUGUUGACCUGAAUGUAAUAAAUGAACCAGGUCAUGACAGUAAGCACGUAAAUAUUGAUGGUCCACACUUAGUGGAGAAAGGCCAUCCUAUAAGACUUACGUGUAAUGCUUCAGGGAAUUCCAGGUCACCGACAGAUAUAAAAUGGUAUAUUGGUGGCAAGCGUUUAUAUAACGAAUUGAACCAUAAUGUGAGGAUAAUAACAUAUCCUAGAUCUGACGUCAAUACUUUAUAUAGCGAACUACGUAUAACAAAAAGUGACACGGAGGAUAGUGGAACAUACGUUUGCCAAACAACAUUUUACAAUGACAUUCUUAAAGUGGCGAAGCAUAACUUAUCAGUGAUAAUUGCCGAUUCUAAUCAAACAAAACGAGGAACAAUGGCAGAUGGUUCUGUUAAUUCAGUCAAAGACAAUAAGCGACCUUCUUCACGGAAUACAGGAAAUGCCUCUAGGAGAAUAGAAAUAGCUUUUAUGCCUUAUCUUUUCACGUUUUUGGUGGCAUGGUGCUUUGCACAAUAAUAUUUUAUAAGAUUCAUUGUUAACUGAAACAUUAAAUUAGAUCAGUGUUCGACUGAAGACAGUAUGCAUUUUAAUUGAGACAUUUAGUUCCAUGAAAGCAUUACAUUGACUUUGACAGUGAAAGUGGAAUAUAUAUAUAUAAAUUAUGUUAAAGAAUCGGUGGAACAUGGUUGAAUCACAUAUGCAUGUAUAUAUUUAUCAUAAACAUGUACCAUGUAUUACAUUAAAUGUAUUGUGUAUAAACAUGUAUUACAUUAACAAGUAUGUGUCAAAAUGUCUUUAUAAACUAUUAAAUUUUAAUUGUAAUUGAAUUCAGAGUUUUGGAGGAUAAGAUUUUUUUCUCUCUUUUUUAAUUUUUUCGUUAUAAUAAAUGAAACAAACAUCUUUGGGUCUUUUCAACUUAAUUAGACCAAUGAAGUCCAACGAUCUUUUUGACUAUUUUGAACGCUGUGUCAUAUUAUAACAAGAGAGAAAAAUCUUAUCUUGCUGCAAGUAAUAUCAUAGGUUUAGGUAGUAAACUCCUAAUAAAAUCCGCUUGAAACCAUUUUGUAAUAGGUUUCGUUUUUUUUGCUUAUUCAAGCUUUACUCACAGAACACAAUAUAAAUCAUGCUUAGAGUCUAACAAGCCCAUGUAAAAAAUAUCAUGAAAGUAGUAUGUGUACAGUUUAUAGUCUUCUUUUUAAACUAUUGAAAAAAUCACAGGGGCCGAACCCUCUCAACCUCAACCGAAAACACUUAUAUCUCCCCAUUCAAAAAGAUCAACUAUAAAUUAUAGUACCUUUCAUACUAUUGUAUAUUACAAUGUGAAUAGCCUGACUUAAUUUGUAGAAAAUUUUCGAUUUUUAAAAUGUUGUUGUCUAAGGUAAUACGAAUUGUUAAAAAAGGAUAUUUGAUAUAUAUCCACUGGCAUACGUUAUCACAAUUGCUUACAUUUACCUAAAUGUGUCUCUUGUGAAGGUGCUUUGCAUUUAGAAUGAUGUCAUUAUAAUUUUUAAUUGUCUAUGCAGAUUGUCAAACGAAUUAAAAAAAUUGUGUUAUAUUUUUAUAUGAGUAUUUUUGUAAUAAAAGUUUUGAAAAUAUA